AUGGCUUUACAUUCCACUUUAGCAGCUUUAUCAUUGGCUACUGUCUCUGAUGAAAAUGCUUUACCAACCAAAACUGUGAUUUUCAAACCAAAAACUGCCAAAACUGCCGUUCCAGUCCCUGUCGUAGUCUUUGCCUUACAUUCAACUCAAACUCCAUCUGGAGCUAUUGCUAAGGCUGCAGGUGUCAAAGAACCAAGAUUGGCUAAAGAUGAUUUAAUUCAAGAAUUCUUUAACGUUAGUUCCCAAGAAGUUUCCAUUGCUCAUUUUGAUAAAAGUUUAGCUGGAAAGAUUAAGAUUGUUCUUGAUCAAAAGAUCGCAUCGGCUAAUGAUGAUGAAAUCUUAGAAAUUUCAACUGUGUCAGAAAAGGCUCAACUUACUGCCGGUCAAAUCAAAGGGUUCUUGAAACAAACUGGGAUUGAAUUGAUUGAAACUGAUUUUUCAGCUGAAGUUGUAAAGGAAGCAUCACCAGCUCCAGCUGGUGAUUCUAAAAAGGAUCAAUUGAAAAAGGAAAAAGAAGCUGCCAAAUUAGAAGAUGCUAAAUUAAUUGGUAUCACUGUUGAUAAGGCUAAAGAUUUUUCAAAUUGGUAUUCUCAAGUUGUAGUCAAGGGGGAAAUGCUUGACUAUUAUGAUGUUUCUGGUUGUUAUAUUUUAAGACCAAACUCUUAUGCUGUAUGGGAAGAAAUUCAAGAUUGGUUCAAUAUUGAAAUUAAAAAAUUAGGAGUUCAAAACUCUUAUUUCCCAAUGUUCGUUUCUGCUAAGGUUUUAGAAAAGGAAAAAGAUCAUAUUGAAGGUUUUGCUCCUGAAGUUGCUUGGGUUACUAGAGCUGGUAGUUCUGAAUUAGACGAACAUAUUGCUAUUAGACCAACUUCUGAAACUGUUAUGUAUCCAUACUAUGCCAAAUGGAUUAGAUCCCAUAGAGAUUUACCAUUGAAAUUAAAUCAAUGGAAUUCUGUUGUUAGAUGGGAAUUUAAACAUCCUCAACCAUUUUUAAGAACAAGAGAAUUCUUAUGGCAAGAAGGUCAUACUGCUCAUUUAACCAAAGAUGAAGCUACUACUGAAGUUACUCAAAUCUUAGACUUAUAUGCUAGAAUUUAUGAAGAAUUAUUGGCUGUUCCAGUUGUCAAAGGUAAAAAAACUGAAAAUGAAAAAUUCGCUGGUGGUGAUUAUACUACUACUGUUGAAGGUUUUAUUGCUGCUACUGGUAGAGGUAUUCAAGGUGCUACUUCUCAUCAUUUAGGUCAAAACUUCUCCAAGAUGUUCAAUAUUGCUGUAGAAAACCCAGAUGGUUCUGAUAAACCAAAGGUUUUCGCUUAUCAAAAUUCUUGGGGUUUAUCUACUAGAGUCAUUGGUGUUAUGGUUAUGACUCAUUCUGAUAAUAAAGGUUUAGUCUUACCACCAAGAGUUGCUCAAACUCAAGCUGUGGUAAUCCCAGUUGGUGUCACUAAGAACUCCAGUGAAGCAGAUAGAACUGCUAUCAAUGGUGGUGCUGCUGACAUUGAAAAGAGAUUGAAACAUGCUGGUAUCAGAGCUACUUCUGAUUUCAGAGACAUAUACACUUCUGGUUGGAAAUUCGCUGAUUGGGAAUUAAAGGGUACUCCAUUACGUUUAGAAUUCGGUCCAAAAGAUUUAGCCCAAGAGCAAGUUACUGCCGUAAGACGUGACAAUAAUCAAAAAUACACUGUUAAAUUAGGUGAAUUAGAAUCAAGAAUUGCUGAAAUAUUACAAGAAAUGCAAGUUGGAUUAUUAGAAAAAGCUCGUAAAGAUUUCGACACUCAUCGUGUUAUUGUUGAAGAUUGGAAAGAUUUCGUUCCAACCUUAAACGCUAAGAACGUUAUACUUGCUCCAUGGUGUGGUGAUGCUGAUUGUGAAGAUGAAAUUAAAGAUGCUUCUUCCAAAAAAGAUGAUGGAGAAGAUGAAGACGUUGAUGAAAAGGCUCCAUCUAUGGGUGCUAAAUCAUUGUGUAUUCCAGACGCACAACCAGCUUUAAAAGCUGAUCAAAAAUGUGUCAGAUGUGAUAAGAAAGCUGUCACUUACUGUAUGUUCGGUAGAUCUUACUGA